AUGGGGGAGUUCAUUGAGGAAAAAUAUUUUGUUCCUCGUAAGAAUUUCUUUCAUGGAAAUCCGACAGUUUUGAAAUCGGAGAAGCUUGAUUUAUCUCAGGAUGUUAAAGAUCUACAUAAAGCACUCGGAUUUAUAUCUAAUAAGCAAGCAAUCAUUAAUAUUUUGUGUACAAAAACCAUUCGUGAACGAUUGGAUCUUGCUAAAGCUUACAAAACUUGUUAUGAUCGUGAAUUGUUGGAAGAAUUUAAGCGCAAAUUCCCAAAAGAUACCAGCGGAAACCUUCGUAAAUUGUUUUUAUCUCUUCUAAACGCCACUCGAGAUGAGUCUAUGAUCCUUGACCUUUAUACAGCUCGCGUUGAUGCAAUGGAAUUGAAACGAGCUGGCAUCGAUAAGUGGGGAACUGAUACAAGCACAUUUACACGUAUUUUAUGUUUGAGAAAUCUUGAUCAAAUAAGAUUAAUAUCACAAGAGUAUGAAUACAUUACCGGUAACAGCUUGGAGAAAGAUUUGAAGAAGGAAUUUAGCGGUGAUAUUCUCGAUGCUUUACUAUCAAUUCUUCGUUAUGCUACACAUCGUUCGUUGUAUUAUGCUCGCUGUAUUCAAAGUACGAUCAUUGGAUUUGGAACAAACGAUAAAUCUUUGAUUCGAUUGAUAGUUACACGCUGUGAAAUCGAUAUGGGAGACAUUAAAGAAGCUUAUGAAGACAAAUAUGGAAAGUCUCUUAAAAGUGUAAUUAAAGGCGAUACUUCAGGUUACUACUGCAAAGCUAUGUUAAAAUUGAUUGGCGAAUGA